AUGCCUCGUCGGUUUAGCGGUAACUCCUUGAACGAUACCUCUUCUAAUUCCUCUUCCUUUUCGCCUUCCUCCGGAAAGGGCGGAACCGCCAUCAAAGCGUCCUCGGUCAAGUCCAACCGCCUGUCCCAAUUCUUCUCGGUCUCUCCUAAGCCCAAGGGCGAGUCGCAAUCAACACAGGUGACCUCUCAACCGACCGGCGGGGAUACAAACACCUCAGGGCCGCUUAGCUCGGCCUCACUGUCCUUACCGACCAUCUCUUUGUCCACCGCAACUGCGGACAAUCCAACCAUGGACGAGCGAUCGCCGACCACUCUUUUCCAGCCCCCUACGCCGGAAGAGGCUCGUCGACAGGCCAGACAAAAUGCUCAGUUCGGUCCGAUUAGUCACCCCAGUCAUCGAUACUCGAGUCGGCACCCUGGUGGUGUUUUCCCGGAGCCGGUGAUGGACGAGCCGCCGUAUUAUUACUUGCUCACCACCUAUAUCAGCUAUUUAAUCCUAAUUGCUUUCGGGCAUGUCCGUGAUUUCUUCGGCAAGCGCUUCCGCGAAGAGAACUACCGGCACCUCAAGCCUCGUAACGGAUACGGUGCUCUCAACAGCGAUUUCGAUAACUUCUACGUGCGCCGCCUGAAGCUGCGUAUCAAUGACUGUUUCGAGCGUCCCGUGACCGGCGUUCCUGGUCGUUACAUUACUCUGAUCGACCGUGGUACCGACGAUUACAACCGACACUUCUAUCUGACUGGCACUCAAACUGAUACAUUGAACUUGAGCUCCUACAACUACCUUGGAUUCGCCCAAUCAGAAGGCCCAUGUGCCGACAUGUCAGAAGAGUCUGUCCGGAAGUAUGGCAUCAGCACUCCCAGCACCCGCGCGGAGGUCGGCACCCAGGAUCUCCAUCUUGAAGUCGAAGACUUGAUUGCCAAGUUUGUUGGCAAGGAAGCUUCCAUGGUGUUCUCUAUGGGAUUCGGUACCAACGCAACUAUCUUCCCCGUCUUGGUUAACAAGGGCUGUCUUAUCAUCUCAGACGAGUUGAACCACGCAUCCAUUCGUUUUGGUGCCCGUCUCUCCGGUGCCUCGAUUGCCAUGUUCAAGCAUAACGACAUGAAGGAUUUGGAAAUCAAGCUUCGUGAGGCGAUUUCUCAAGGACAGCCCCGUACUCACCGACCUUGGAAGAAAAUUCUCGUUGUCGUUGAGGGUCUGUACUCUAUGGAGGGCUCUAUGUGCAAUCUUCCCGGUCUUGUUGCUCUGAAACACCGAUAUAAGUUUAACCUUUUCGUUGACGAGGCUCACUCUAUCGGAGCUGUUGGUCCUCUCGGUCGUGGUGUAUGUGAUUAUUUCAGCAUUGACACUGCGGAGGUUGAUGUUCUCAUGGGAACCUUGACCAAGUCGUUCGGUGCCAACGGCGGCUACAUUGCAGCAGACAAGGUCAUGAUCGAUAAACUUCGUGCCACCAACCCUGGUGUCUUCUUCGCAGAGGCUCCCGCACCACCAGUGCUCACUCAGAUCUCUUCUGCUCUUCGCAUCAUCAAAGGCGACCUUGUUCCUGGCCAGGGUGAGGAGCGUUUGCAACGAUUGGCUUUCAAUUCCCGCUACCUCCGCCUCGGGCUGAAACGUCUUGGCUUUAUAGUAUACGGUCACGAUGAUUCACCAAUCAUUCCAAUCCUUCUCUUCAACCCUGCCAAGAUGCCUGCAUUCUCCCAUGAGAUGCUUCGACGAAAGAUUUCCGUCGUCGUUGUCGGGUAUCCAGCCACCCCACUGGUCUCGUCUCGCGCGCGUUUCUGUGUAUCCGCUGCCCACACUAAGGACGAUCUUGACCGAGUCCUGACUGCCUGUGACGAGAUUGGCAACGUCCUUCAAUUGAAGUUCUCUACCGGCAUCGCUGGCGGUGCUCUCCCUCCUGCAGAGGAAAUGGCUCCCCCGCCCGAGAUGGAGAAAGAGUGGCAGCGCAAGCGCAGCGCCAAAAUCAGCCCUCCUCGCUGGCGCGUUGAAGAUGUCAUUCGACGCGGAGCCCAGGAUGUCAAGUCACCACUGUACUAG